UGCAAUAACUACCGAUUUUAGAAAUUUUUAAUUACAGUACAUACAUAACGUUAUUCUAAAUACCGUACAUGGAUACUUCAACAAUUUAUCAGCUUUAGGAUAAUAUAUGCGGUAUUAUUCGUCAUAAGUACAGGCACGCGGUAAUUUAGAAUGAGUCACACGUGGAACAAUUAAUUAAUCAGCUAUUAUUUUUCUGUGGUUAUUCUGUUUUACUAUGGGACCGGAACUUAGCAGCUGCUGUGGAAAAACUGAAUUUCCGGAAUAAUGCGGUCCCAAGUUUUCUUGAAUACUCUGUUUGGACUGUUCAUUAUUAUUAACAAUCACCACGCUGCAGCCGAUGUAUCUUCAGCUGUGGCCGAUAUGGAUGCCUGGAUUGCCACGGAGAAGGUGGUCUUGGAUAUUCUGCAACGUACCCUUCAUGAGGAGCGCCGCAAACUCAGAGAAGCCAAGCGGUUAAAGGGGAGAUUGUCACAGUUGUUAGAAGAGGGGAAUGAACGACGCCCACGAAAUGCGUUCCAGCAUAUGAAAUUGUGGUUGACUCUGGACGACGUCGUCAGUGUAAUUUCGACUGAUGUGUUUACUGAGCAUUACAAAUUACUUGAGGAAGAGCGCUGCGUGCAAACAUUUCCCGACAAACAGGAGAUCGACAAUUACGGAGAGAUUUUCGCGAGACUGCAGUUAGUCUACAAAAUUCAUCCGCAGGACAUCGCCGAAGGUCGCAUUCCCGGUACCCGGAAGACCAUACCCUUCACAUCCGAGGAAGCCUUCCUGAUUGGCCACCAACAAGCGCAGAGCUUACUUUUUAAUGCAGCGGCGGCUUGGCUGGAAACGGCACUGGAGACUUACAUCGAAGAACCGGAAGGAGAAAAAACCGGCAACGUCUUGGACAUCUUGAACUGGCUACAAUUGACAAUUUAUCAGGAUACCGGCAAUGCUGUUAGAGCGUUGGAGUACAGUCUACAAAUGCAGGAGAUUGAUCCAGAGUAUUGGAAUUUAAAGGAUAACAUCAAGGUUUACGAGAAUAUGAUUAACAAUCUGACUGCUGUGCAGAUGGAAGCGUUUCGCAAUGCGCCAAAUGCUACGGUAUCCUUUAACACCGGCGCCGUAGAUCCGCUGAGCGUUAGUUCGGCGGAUGAAGCGUAUCGCGCUCUCUGUCGCGGAGAAGAACGAAUGGAUCCAGGAAUUCGCAAUCGACUGAAGUGCCAUUAUCAAACGUACAACAAUCCGUAUCUGCUAAUCCAGCCGGUAAAAGUGGAACAGCUGUACGAUGACCCGCAAAUUAUCAUGUUUCAUAGCGUCCUGCUGGAAACCCAAGCGUCACGCAUCCGCCAAGUCGGUCAUCACCAUUUAUCCCGGGGUCGUGUUGCCGGAGGAGAUGUCCGUGGAAUGGUUUCCAAUUACCGUAUUUCAAAAAUCGCCUUUUUAGAAGAAAGUAUCGAUCCGGUUAUCGCCGAAGUAAACCGCUACAUCGGCCACAUUACCAAUCUGGACAGCAGCAUAGCCGAAGAUCUGCAAGUCAACAACUACGGUAUCGGUGGUCAUUACUCGUCGCAUUAUGACUUUUACACCAACGUCCACGAUGUGUUCAAUCUCAUCGCGCCCAUGACCAAUUACGAAAUAUGGGGCGAUCGGCUGGCCACCUUUCUUCUAUAUAUGACGGAUGUGGAGGCCGGCGGCGCCACGGUGUUCCCGCGUCUCAACCUGACACUCUUUCCCGCAGCCGGGUCCGCCGUUUUCUGGUACAAUAAAUUUAAAGAUCUCUCACCGGAUCCGCGAACAUUCCACGCAGGUUGCCCGGUUUUGGCCGGGAAUAAAUGGAUAUCGAACAAAUGGAUCAGAGAGAAAGGGCAGGACAAAUAUAGACCCUGUGCACUGCAGCCAGAUGGAGUUGCUAAUUUGACCAACUGGCUGGAGCGUUUCGCUUAAACGUGAAUCAGUAAAGCAGUGAAAAACGAAUUUCAAGACUGACGAAAACAUGGGUUAUUCUUGGCUUACAUAAGUUAUAACCGUUGUGCACGUUGGUUGUACAAAUAUGCUUGCCAAUCUAUGUAGUACAUAACUGCAACUAAGAUAUAAUAUGGAAAUUAUGAAAGAUACGUAUUCUGCGCUUCGCCGAAUUCCAUGGUACAUGUAUAUGCGGGUUUGUUAAUAAACUGAUAAGGCUA